AAAAUAUUACUAACAAUGGUCAUACAGCAUAAGGAGAAUGAUGGUUUGUUUGGUCCUGGAUACAAUUACAUACUAGUUCUGCUGCUACGAACAUUUGGAUUCCCUGUUUCCGUCAAUCAACCUCACGAUGCACUACGUUUUGGCACCACAGGUUAUGCUAUUUUAUACGUCGCGGCAUACAUAAUUGUUGGGAUACCAAUUGUGUACCUGGAGCUGAUCAUUGGUCAAUUCACAUCCCGAGACUGCAUCGAUGUGUGGAAAAUCCGCAAGUGUUUAUCCCACAUAGGUUAUUUUCUUGUAUUUUGGCAAAUACUUACCUACACAUAUAACCACAUGGCCGCCACUUUUGUGACUCACUAUUUUUUGAUCAGCUUCGAAAAUCCCGGUCCUUAUUAUACAUGCGAUUGGUGGUCAAAAUCGAACUGCGACAUUUUAACGCGUAACUACACACUCAAUAAGUAUUGUCUCCGAUUAAGACAUAUGAAUCUACGAAUGUGCCAUGAUCUGUACACCACUAUGCCAGAAUAUCAAUAUUUUAGAUCAAACAUACUGGGACCGUGGAAUUACUUAGGAAUUUCCUGGCGAUUGUCUCUAGCUUCAAUAUUUACAUGUGUAUUUCUGUUCCUAAGUUGCUUUAAAAGAAUGCAAUCUUUGAAAUGGUUUCUUUAUCCUAUCAUAAUAUAUCCAAUUUUUGGAUAUGCUAUACUGAUGAUCGGUACACUACGACAAAAAGGAAUCAUGACAAAAUUUAAAGAAUCCAUUGAUUUCUCAUUUCAUGUAUUUUUACUAGAGUACAAACCGGUACGGGUAAUAACACAAGUAAUUUUCAGUAUUGGUGCAGGCACCGGUGUCUUUAUAAACUUAUCUUCUAAUGCACAGUUUCGAUUACCUUGUUUUACCAAUGCUGUAGUGAUCGUACUGGUCACGGCUACUUUCAACAUACUAACCGUACUUACGUUUUCCAUGAUGACCUGUCCAUACGCAAAAGAGUAUGGAGUACCUCCAAGAACAAUUUUACGACUGCCUAUAUCUUUUAUAUUUGAAAUGGUGCCUACAAUGCUUUAUGAAUACGACAACAAAUCUUUCUACAACGUUGUCUUAUUCAGCUGUCAAGCAGCUCUGGGACUUUCUUCUAGCUUAGUACUUACAUUUAGCCUGACACAGUUUGUCUUUAACAGAUACCCUGCAGCUAACAAAUAUCCUUCCUUAAUUUGUUUGGCAUGGGUACUGGUUACGUUUCUCAGUACUAUGCCACUAUUAGGCAAAUUUGGUUACUCAGUAGUCAUGCAUGCUUAUGCCUACAUCCAUGGGCUGUCCAUUUUCUUUGUUUUAUUGGAGUAUUUCGUUUUCGUAUACUGGUACGGAUUUGACCGAUUGCAGCAAGACGUACAUUUUAUGCUUGGAACUCCCCCGAAAACUUACAUAAAAAUAUGUUGGGCGCUGUCUGGUUUCGUAUUGACAUUUGCUUUUUUUCGGGAUAUAUACCGAAGUAUAAGAAAGGGAACGAUCAAUGACAAAAUAGGUACAGGAUCGUUAGGGGUCCUUUUGGGAAUGUUGCUGCUGGUUACAAUCACAAAGUUGAUUAUAGCUGCUGUAAGAGGGCGUUUUAACGAGUCCGUCAAAUUGAAUUCAAAUUGGGGUCCUAAGAGCGAACUAUUGCAAAGGUCUAGGGGAAUGUUUACAGCACAAGCAAUGACCAAAGAGUACAUUUAUCGAAAGUAUCAUUUGCAGGCAGGCAUUGCCGCUCGGCAAAAGAGAGCCAAUGUUAGAAUACGAACUAUCUAGGUGAAGAACUGAUAUUAAACAAUAAUUUGUUAGUAUUUGUACUUAUGUUUUAGAGUAAUUUACUUAACAUUGUAGCUUUAAAAAAGCAAGGUCUUUUUUUCGUAAUAAACAUUUCUUACAACGUUUUUAUAUGAAACUGCCUUUGUUAACAAACUUAACUUACAGUUGUUACAAGUUAUUACAUAGUAAUUUAAUUGUUUGUAGUAUUUUUAUAAAUUUUUAUUAAUACAGAUAUCGAACAAAGAAAAGUUCCUUCGAUUUGGAU